AUGGUUUACGCCCUCAACCGUUCCCUUAAUAGAAUCCCGUUAUGGGAGGAUAUCCGAUCCAUUUCCCUGUCUGUUGGCUCUUCUCCUUGGGGUAUCGGUGGUGAUUUCAAUGUGGUCCGCUUUAGUCAUGAAAAGCUAGGAGGCUCCCCUAUCGACAUCCAAGCCGUCACAGCCUUCAAUUCCUGUCUUGAUGACUCUGGGCUAAACGACCUUAGGUGGUCAGGUGAUGAUCUCUCCUGGCACAACAAGCGCUCUGGCAUUGACAGAGUUGCUUGCAAGCUUGACAGAGUCCUAGUUAAUGAUCCUUGGCUCUCCUCUCUUCCUUCCUCCAAUGCUUUUUUUGACCUUCUUGGUCUUUCGAAUCACUCCCCCAUAUCUCUUUUCGUCCUCCCCUUCUUAUCCUUUGGGCCAAAACCCUUCAAGUUCUUUAAUAUGUGGACCUCCCACCCCGACUUCCUUCCUGUUGUCCAAGCCGCUUGGGGUAUCCCUGUCUUCUCCUUCUCCUCCCCUCUUUUAGCCUUCUCUAAAAAGCUCAAAAAUGUCAAGAUGGCUCUCAAGUCUUGGAAUUCUUCCACCUUCAGCAACAUCUCAUCUAGUGUCUCCUCUUGUCGGGACAACCUCUCCUCUAUCCAGCUCCGUCUUCAGUCUAACUCCCUUAAUCCUUCCCUUGCUGAGGAAGAAGUCCUUGCCGCCUCUGAGCUUUCCUCCUCUCUUUCCCUUGAAGAAAGUUUCCUUAAGUAG